AUGGUGAUACCGGUAUGCGCAGAUUUCGUUUGUAAUUCGUUCGGGGCGAGGGAAUCAAGCCUCUCCUUUAUUCGUGUUAAGAUAUCGGGUAAUGAGAUUCGCGCUCUAUUGGAUUCCGGGUCGAGUCGUACGUUUUUAGGUCCGGCCGCUAUUGAAUUAGUGCAAUCGUUGGGAUAUCGGUUUCGCCGGGCUAGGGACCGCCGCGUGACGACUGCGACCAGCCAGACGACGCGAGUGAGGGGGGAGGUCGAGGUACCUCUCGAAAUUGAAAACCGCACGCGUACCUUGAGCGUGUACGCGUUGCAGACGUUAGCGUUACCGUGUAUAUUGGGUAUGGACUUUUUGACAGCUUUCGGUGUUAUGUUCGCUCUGGGCCGCACUCGCGCGCGGGGACUCUGUGCCGGAACGGGGGACGGAAGGAGAGCCGAUCGAGAGGGGAGCUCGCGAGAUUCGGCGCCUGAAGAAGCGACCGAUAUCGUUGGACACUCUUCAAGCGAGGGGGAGGCGCCAACCGUCCGCGCCGAGACAGCGCAGCCAGGCGGCUUGAAGGAGCUAUCGGCCGAGGAGAGCGCGCGGUUAUCGGAAUUUUUAGCGUCGGAGAUACCGGGGGUGCCCGCGAAACUCGGAGCGACGUCGCUGGCGGAACACCGUAUAGAUGUCGGCGGGCACGCGCCCAUUAAACAGCAUUGUUAUCCCGUGUCGCCUAGGGUACAAGAAGCGAUCUAUGCGGAGGUCGAUUCGAUGCUUGAGUCCGGUAUUAUCGAGUCCUCGAAUAGCGCAUGGUCUACGCCCAUCGUCAUGAUUAAGAAACCGAACAACACGUAUCGCUUUUGUUUAGAUUUUCGCCGGUUAAACGAAGUAUCGAAGAAAGACGCGUACCCCUUACCAUACAUGAACGCGAUUUUGGAUAAACUUCGACCGGCCGGUUACAUUUCGACCAUCGACCUUAGCCAAGCUUACUUACAGAUUCCGUAG